UCUUGUUUAUUCCUCUAAUUUUCAUGUUUAUUAAACAUAUCCUGUUCUGCUGAAUUAUCUGCUCCUUGGGUGUAUAUCUUGUAAGUAGUGAUAUUAAUUUGCUGAUCGUGAGAUAGGUUAUAUUGGACUAUCAGAAUGGCUACUGCCAUGUUCCACAAAUCAAUAGCAACAAUUCAGCUGAAUUCCAGUGGUAAUGGAUGGAGCACUUGUAAGAAACUCAGGAAUUAUCCAUUAAAGAUUAUCUCAAAGGCCUUUGUAGUUGAUGUUGGAGGGAGUUUUAUCUAUGGCCAAUCAAAGUUACAUGGAGUUCAUGCAUUGUCUUCUCAUUCACCACUGGUGGAUCCUGUUUCAUCUUUCUCACAAAAUACAAAUGAUUACAAAAACAAUACAUCAGUGGAAUCUGCUUUGAUACUAAAUCGACACGGUGAUUCUCUAUGUAACGAGAAGAAUUUGUUCACUGGUUGUGUCGAUGUGCCAUUCACCAAGAAAGGCUUUGAGGAAGCUGUCAAAGCCGGCAGAAGAAUAAGCAAUAUACCUGUAGACAUGAUCUACACGUCGUUGUUGAUUCGUGUACAGAUGACAUCUAUGCUUGUCAUGACAAAACACCGCCAUAAAAAGGUACCUAUCAUAAUACAUAAGGAAAGUGAUCGGGCAAAAGAAUGGAGUCAGGUUUUCAGUGAAGAGACUAAAAGGCAAUCUAUUCCAGUUAUAACAGCUUGGGAGUUGAAUGAAAGAAUGUACAUUAAAUUUCAUUUUUCUCUGUAUGGGGAGUUACAGGGCCAUAACAAGCUGGAAACGGCUCAAAGAUACGGCAAAGAGAAAGUUCAUGAGAGGCGACGACUUUACGAUAGUCCUCCAGCCAAUGGCGAGAGCUUGAAAAUGUGUUCUCAAAGAGCUGUAGCCUAUUUUAGAGAACAUAUUGAACCCCAACUUUGAUCCUGAAAACAUGUGAUGGUUGCUUCACAUGCGAAUUCCUUGAGGUCUAUUAUCAUGUAUCUUGACAAAUUAGCUACACAGGAGGUUACUAGCUUGGAAGUGUCAACUGGGAUUCCCUUACUAUACAUAUAUAAAGAAGGUGAAUUUCUUAGAAGAGGAAGUCCUGUGGGAUCUAAAGAGGCCGGUGUUUAUGCCUACUCCAAGAGUCUUGCUUUUUACAGGGAGGCAUUGGAUGCACUGUUUCAGUAACACAUGCAGGAAGGAGACAACCAACCACCGAGUAGUAGUAGGGUUCCUUGCAGUGUACGGAGCUCUUGCCGAUCUUUAUGCGAAUUGGUAGAGUUUUCUCAGUUGCACAUCUGCAUUCUCGAGUAUUUUGGAGGUACAAUGGGAAGAUUACAUUCAUAUGGUGAAGGUAGAUAUUUUUCCUGUAAAAUAAAUAAAUGAAUGAAUCAUUAAUGUAUCUUUUGGGCGUUUCCAAGGUUGUUUUGGAUCUAAGAUUUCUUUUGAAGGGAAUGAUGGAAUACUAAUGUGAUGAACAUUUCUUAUUCCGCGCCGAAAAAUGAACUUUGUUGCUAAAGCUUGCUGUUAAUGAAAACUUUCACAUGAAUGGUUGAAGUCUCUCAUUUUGCUCUCCCUGCCGCCGGUGCCUUUUGUGUCUUCCGGCCAAGUCUGUAGACGAUCAAAAGCUCUUUCUCUCCUCUUCAAUCCUAUAUGUUCGGUUGGCCCUAUAGCUCCCACAACUUCCUUGUUGCCGCCUUCUCUGGUUUGGUUCUUCGCUGGCAGCCUACUGUUUCGUCUCUAGAGCAUCGUCGUCAUCACUAUUCCAGCUUCCAGCCCCAUCCAAGUCGAGGUGAAUGCUGCAUCCGGCCUUGCCUAGACUGAUCCGUCUAUUGCUUCAAACCAUCACUGGCAGUUUCCUCCAUGUGCCACUCAGCCUAGCAGUCUCUUCGCCUCAUCCAUUGGUUCACUCGGAUCUCUGGCAGGAGAUCCUGAGUGGCUGUUGUUUUUUUAGUCUCAAGGUUUUUGGUGUUGUAAUGUGACCAGCUGUUUGGCCAAGGAAUAGCCGGCCACCAGUCCCAUUUCCACCCCUGGCCUUGUCACAUUUCUGGACUCCGGCCACUUUUUUGGUAGGAUGAGGUCAUGUCAGAAUAAUAAUUUUUUUGUGGCUCUUGGUUGGGUUGUGACACUUGAGUCCCGUACAGGACUCAAUUCACUAAGUCCUUGGUGAAUUUGGUCUAUCGAGUCCCCUCAAGAGUUAGGCCUUUUGGGAUCUCGUUACUACUAUUGUUUCAAGUCAAUAGUCACAUCCACUACCGGAGGCAAUGAAUGCUUAAAGACUUACUGCAUCAAGGUUCAGAAACUCACGUUUGUGUCAAAGUCUCUUCCUUGCUUCCAUUAGACAAGGAGGCUUGAUUCAAGCAAUGAUGAUUUUUUUUUUAUCUAGAUUGUUAGAUUUACUCGCCUUUUGGGGCUUUGCCUCUAUAAGACUCGAGUAAAUGCCUUGUUCUGCUUGAGUUGCUGGCCUUAAUGGCUUUCGUUUGUACCAGUCGCGUUUGUGCCAAAGUCUCUUCCUUGCUUCCAUUAGAGAGGGAAGCCUGACUCGAGCAAUGAUGAUCUUUUUCUAAUCAAGAUUGUUAGAUACACUCGCCUUUCGGGGCUUUACCUCUACUGGACUCGAGUCAAUGCCUCAUUGUGCUAGGAGCCUCGAUGGCCCUUUUUGUUGUCCUCUUUGAACUAUGAAAAAAACAAAUUGAAGUGCAUAGGUUCAA